CUGGCACAACGAGACAAUGCAACGGUGGUCCCAGAUCGACACUCGUCAUAUCUUGCAGAGAACAAACGACGAUACGCUGGUCCUCACAGCCCACUCGAGCUAGGCCCACUGCUAAACACUGAUCCCUCCGACCGGUAGCAAUUCCCGGAAAAGAGGUACACUGUCAUUGGCGAACACGAUAGCAGAGUGCCAAAGUGAAAAGUAAAAAGGAUGCUGUUGCAUCGAAUGACGUCUCUGCUUCGCGGUGUGACUACGUUUAAGGAGACGAAUGUCAUAACCAAGUCGUACCUUCGUUCAGCGAUUACCACACCAUCCGGGGCAAUAUUGCCCGAACCUAAGAGAACGCCGUUUAGUCUUCUGGGUGUAAUCAGCAGUGUCGUCUUCGGCCUCCUCGUUGGCGCCACGAUUAGCAAGAAUGUAGCAAACUUCCUCGAGGAGAACGAUCUCUUCGUACCUUCUGAUGACGAUGACGACGACGAUUAGCAAUGAUAAAACGGCUGCAGCAAUCUAUAAUUGUUAAAAGCACACAGUCCUGUUAUAGGUGUUCUUAACAUCAAUGAGUCAAGUUUGAUGUCAGAAAUGCAAGAUAGUAAUUGCACGAUGUCAGAUAAUAAAUGAAGAGAUAGCUCUUCAUUUGCACAAUUUAGAUAUAUUAUUUAAGACACACACUAUGAUGCCUGAAGAAUUAUGUGUAUAUUAUCAUAGAAAUAUAUAUUUAUACAAUUGAA